AUGGAGGAAGAGAAAAUGUUUGAGCUUCUUACGAGCGUAAAAAAUAUGGUCAAAACCGACCCAACGCAGGCCCGCGCCGCACUCACCUCCCACCCGAACCUUGCCUACGCGCUCAUGAAGGAAAUGGUAGCUUUGGAUGUGGUUGAACCCGAAGUCCUGACGAGGACACUACAAGCGGCUGCUACGGGCGCACAACCGCCUCAAAACCAGGCGACUUUACCUCAGCAGCAACAACAACAACAGCAGCAGCAGGCGUACCCGCCUCCCAGCAACGGUACACCUUCGUAUCCGUCGUAUCCGGCGCCAGGCUCAGCGCCAGCGUAUGGCACGCCCCAGCCUGGACCGUACCAACAGCCUCCUCCUUCAUCGACACCGUCGUACUCGACACCUUAUCCGUCUACUUCUACACCGACUUAUCCUCCUGCUCCGGUUCCAUCUUAUCCUCCUGUACCGACACCGUCCUACCCGCCUAGCUAUCCGCCCCAACCACCUCAAAGUCAUUCUCAGCCCCCGAGUAUGCCGCCACAGGCAUACCAGGCGCGUCAACAGCAGCAGCAGCAGCAGCAGCUCCCUGUUCAAUCGCGUGCACCUGCCUCGGCACCUCCUCCGGGGAUGGGCAGUGUUCCAGGUCUGGCGCCUGAACAACAGGCAAUGGUUCAAAGACUCGCUCUCUUGACUCCAGACCAAAUUGCCGCGCUUCCUCCCUCGGAUCGUGUCGCUUUGAUAGAACUGAGACGACAACUGGGGCUAGAAUAA